CGCGCAGGCGGGCGGGCGAGCGAGCGAGCGAGCUAGCGGUGAGAGGGCGGGCGACCGGACCCCGGACACGGGAAGCUCCCAGCCAGUCUAAGCCCCGACAUGAGGGAAAAAGGCCGUAGGAAGAAGGGCAGGACCUGGGCGGAGGCCGCCAAGACGGUCCUGGAGAAAUAUCCCAAUACACCCAUGAGCCAUAAAGAAAUUCUUCAAGUUAUACAGAGGGAGGGAUUAAAAGAAAUCAGAAGUGGAACAUCUCCCCUUGCGUGUCUGAAUGCGAUGCUGCACACCAACUCCAGAGGGGAAGAAGGAAUUUUCUACAAGGUUCCAGGUAGAAUGGGAGUGUAUACCCUAAAGAAAGAUGUUCCAGAUGGCGUGAAAGAAUUAUCAGAAGGCUCUGAAGAGAGCAGCGAUGGCCAGUCAGAUUCCCCAAGUUCUGAGAACAGCAGUAGUAGCAGUGACGGUGGGAGCAACAAGGAGGGCAGGAAGAGCAGGUGGAAGAGGAAAGGGCCUAAGAGGCUGCAUGGUACAAAGAACAGAGGGCCAACCUCGAAGCCAGUAUCGUCUAGACUGUCACAGCCAUCUUCCCCCCAGUCAAGCUGUCCAUCUCCCUCCAUCUCAGCUGGUAAAGUCAUCUCUCCAUCCCAGAAGCACAGCAAGAAGGCACUGAAACAGGCUUUAAAACAGCAGCAGCAAAAGAAACAGCAGCAGCAACAGCAGCAGCAACAAUGUCGAACAAGCAUGCCCAUAUCCUCUAAUCAGCAUCUUCUGCUGAAGACAGUCAAAGCAGCCAGUGACCCUGUCCCCACUAAACCUGCUGUGUGGGAAGGAAAGCAGUCAGAUGGACAGUCAAGCAGUCCCCAUAAUUCAAACUCUAGUUCUUCUUCUUCAGUUAAAGUUGAAAACCCCUUGCCAGGUUUGGGGAAGAAACCAUUCCAGAGAUCUGACAGGCUUCAUACAAGGCAACUGAAAAGGACUAAAUGUGCUGAAAUUGAUGUUGAAACACCUGAUUCUAUCCUGGUUAACACCAAUCUGAGGGCUCUAAUUAACAAACACACAUUUUCAGUCCUUCCUGGGGACUGCCAGCAGCGACUUUUGCUUUUGCUUCCAGAGGUGGACCGGCAGGUUGGUGCAGAUGGUUUGAUGAAGCUGAAUGGUUCAGCCCUUAACAAUGAAUUUUUCACUUCAGCUGCUCAAGGCUGGAAGGAAAGACUUUCAGAAGGUGAAUUCACACCUGAAAUGCAGGUGAGAAUAAGACAAGAAAUUGAGAAAGAGAAAAAAGUGGAGCCAUGGAAGGAACAAUUCUUUGAGAGCUAUUAUGGGCAGAGUUCUGGGUUGAGCCUUGAGGAUUCAAGGAAGCUAACUAGUGCUACCAGUGACCCCAAAAUGAAGAAACCCCUGACUGAACAACCAAAACCCACACCACCUUCAGAUGAACCUCCCAUCAAAACAGUGGUGGCGGCCCCAGAAGCAGAGUCUAAGCCAGUGCUGCUGCUUUCCCCAGUAAGGAAAGAAUCGGGAGCGAGCACAGAAGUGCUGCCCAAACCCUCCAGAUCCCCGGAGCCUUUCGUUUGCUCAACUAGCAGUGUCAUUGAACAAGACAAAACAGGCCCUAUCACAGGCCCAGAGGAUGAGGACCCCUUAGGCCGAAGGAAGCCAGCAACCGCUGCUGAGCCAAAGCCUGAAGAUGAAAAUCAUCUCACUGUAGCUGCUCCCAUCGUAAAGGAAAACAAAGGCACAGCUCUUUUGACUCCAAGCAAACCAAAGAGCCCAGGAAUUGGAAAACCAGUCAUAAGACCAGUCAUGGAAGAAAGUCCUCAGGAGCACAACAUGAAAGUUGCCUCUCCCUCCGACCACAGCGAUCCGAACCCAGAAGGUCUCAAGAGGAAGUCUUCACUCACUGAAGAAGAGACCCCAGUGAGCUGGGAGAAAAGGCCUCGCGUCCUUGAGAACCACCAGCACCAGCAGCCGCUUCAAGCCUCCCCGCAGCCCUUUCCCCUCAGGGAGGACAGGGUCCAGGUGCGGAAAGUUCCACCACUCAAGAUCCCAGUCUCCAGAAUCUCCCACGUGCCAUUUCCUACAGGACAGGUCUCUCCCAGGGUUCGUUUUCCAGCCUCUAUCACUAGUCCCAACAGAAAAGGAGCCAGAACCCUUGCAGACAUCAAAGCAAAAGCCCAGCUGGCCAAAGCCCAGAGGGCAGCUGCUGCCGCCGCCGCUGCCGCAGCUGCAGCUGCCUCUGUUGGGGGGACCAUCCCAGGUCCUGGCCCCGGAGGGGGAGGAGAAGGAGCAGCAGGAAGAGGAGGGGAGCCAGGAUCAGGUGGAGCCAGUGAAACUGGAAAAGGGAACACACUGGAACUGGCAGGAACUGGAAGCAGGGGAGGUACGAGAGAGCUUUUACCCGAUGGUUCAGAGACUCAAUCCCAAGUUGAGACCAAGGCCCCAGGCCCGGCAUCACCUCACAGUGUCUCUAGAGCACAACUACAGCAAGCCCCCCCCUUACCAUCCAGAUCUGCAGUCAGUGGAGCAUGUUCAAGUAACCCCUCAGCAGCCCUCACUAACCCACCCCCCCCAACUUUAGAGAAGCUGAAGAGUGAAGAUCCAGACUCCUCUUUGGGGACAGACAGAACGGUUCCCUAUCGCCCUUCACAGGUUCCCACUAACUUCAAACAAGAGAAAGCACCUUCUCCUUCAGCAGGCUCAGCCCUGACCUCAGGGACCCCACCUGCUCAGGUUGCAGCAGAAUGCACAGUUGAGCCUAGAGCUAGUUCUAGGAAAGACAUAGUAAGUGUUGCAGCUGUAGUAGAAACAAGUCCUAGUGCUCCUAUGGAGGUGGCUCCUUCCUCUUUGACAACUUUACCAAUAGCAGCCACUUUAGAAAAGCCUUUGCCACCCCAGACCAGUGUUCCUGCAGCACCUACUGUAUCAGCUCCAUCCUCUAGCACUUUGCCAACCUCUAGCCUUAAAGCUCAAGGAGCUUCCUCAAAUACAAGCGGACCCACUGCACGGCCAAGCUCUAGUAUUCCUGCUAAUAACCCUUUGGUCACCCAGCUGCUCCAAGGCAAAGAUGUUCCCUUGGAGCAGAUACUGCCUAAGCCUCUCACCAAAGUAGAAAUGAAAACUGUUCCAUUGGUUACAAAGGAGGAGAAAGGGACAGCAGCACCCAGGGACACCAGCAUUACAGGAACUAGUGCCAGAGGGGAAGGUAGUGAGAGACAGUCUUAUCUGUCUACGCCUCAGUCAGAGAAAAUCCAUCAGAGUAAGCAGUUACCCCAGGUCCCAAGGACCCUCCACCUCUUCUCAGGAAAGGACCUGAGGGACUCUAACAUUGAUCAGUAUCCUUGCCAAGAAGGACUCAAUAAGGCAACCCAAGAGCAUCUUCUCCAGACACUCAUUAAAAGGGUUCAGAGGCAGAACUUGCUAUCAGUCUUACAGCCCACCCAGUUCAGCCUCACUCACUCAGGUUUCCAAUUAGAGGACAUCUCUACCAGCCAGAGGUUUAUGCUGGGUUUUACAGGCAGAAGGACAUCCAAGCCUGCCAUGUCAGGCCACUACUUACUCAACAUUUCCACCUAUGGCCGGGGUUCAGAGAGCUUUAAAAGAGCCCAGUCCAUGAAUUCUGAGGAUCGUUUUUGUUUGAACAGUCCUCCUGAGGCCUUUAAAAUGGAAAACCAAGAUUACAAAGGGGCUCUAGCAGAUGGCAGCAGCAGUAAAGAUGAAGAUGAGACUGAUGAAGAGAGUACAGAUGAUGAAGAGGAACAGAUUCUAGUGAAGGAGGAGCCCUCACCUUCCCAGGUUUCUGGGAAGUGCGAAGGAGGCCCAGGAGUCUAUAGCAGAGAUACCCUAUCGACAUAUGACACUCUAACCAACAAGAAUAUGAAAGCUGAAGCACCAGUGAUGGGUCAUGCCACUGUCAGCAAGGAGAAUUUCCACCUCUUCCCUACAGGUCAAGUAUUUGAUGGAAACACCCUGGCCAGAGAUUUCCUUCAGGCAGCUCAGGAACGAAUGGCCCAUGCAAUGAGGGGAAAGAUGAUAAAUAGUAGCCCUGAGCUAUAUGGUACUCUUCCUCUCCCUACAGACAGCCCUACACGUCAGCCUCUGCUCCUUCCACCACUGCAAACCCCAAAGCUUUAUGGAAGCCCACCACGGCAGCUUGGGCCCAGCUAUAGAGGCAUGAUCAAUGUCUCUACUUCUUCUGAUGUGGACCACAGCUCUGCUGUGUCAGGAAUGCCUGACUGUAAUCAGGUGUCUAGCAACAUGGGGGAUGUCAUGUCCUUCUCGGUGACAGUCACCACCAUCCCUGCUAGCCAGGCAAUGAACCCCAGUAGCCAUGGACAGACCCUCCCUGUGCAGGCCUUCCCUGAAGAAAACAGUGUGGAAGACUCGCCUUCCAAAUGCUAUUGCAGGUUGAAAGCCAUGAUCAUGUGCAAAGGCUGUGGUGCCUUCUGCCAUGAUGAUUGCAUUGGCCCCUCGAAACUGUGUGUCUCCUGCCUUGUGGUCCGGUGAGAGACAAUGGAAGAGCAGAAAAUGAGAGAGACCCUAGAGAAAAAAGUGGAUAGGCAAGUAUAUAGGGAGACACAAGUAUGUAUAGGUCCUUCUUUUGGAAUCACAGGAAGAAAGAACUAAUUUCGGUUGUCUUACUCAAGAGAUAAAUGUUACGUAAUCAGGAAUACAAAACACAGUUUUUACCUUUUAAUGGAAGAGCACCUUGUUGUACAGUAAGUCUAAGUCAAGCAAGACUUUGUGAAUUGUGACAAGUUUGCACUUAUAAAAUCAUGUAAAAUAUGUCACAUUAUUUUGUUUAAAAAUUAUUUUUCCAAGUGUUUAGGAGAUAAUGUAUUACUGUGGACUUAUGCUUUGGUUCCAGUUCACAUGACUCAGAAAAGCUUGCUAACCUGAAAGAACAGAGCCACUUCCUUUCCAACCUCUCCCCUGUGAGUCAGGCUAAGAAAAGAAGGUAGAGGGAAGGGCCAAAGGUAGUGGCUCUCCAUCCUAAUGAAGGCCUUGAAAUUCUGGUUGGAGAAAUUACUUGGCCUCUUUGAAGGAUUUGGGCACAGGGCAUACUUAGUCUCUUUAUCUAAGGGAGAGUCUUGCUCAGUUUGGACAUUGCUAAGGCAUUAAUUUCACAAAGAGGAUUGCAAACCUUUUUUCCACCAGCUCUGACCUGCUUCUGCUCCUAGUCUCUCCAGAAGCUAUGUGGCAUCUGAGCACUAUGCUUGUGGAUACUUGCCAUUCUCCCAACCCUACCUGCGUGCCCUGAGACAGGGUAUUGUAGGAAGGGUGCAGCACCUCAGCCUGACUGCCUACUAGCUUGGGUAGGGCAGUGAUUCCAGCAAUAAUAAUGAGCACUUAGUUACUCCUGGGAAUUCUUGAGUAGUUCAGCAGCAGAUAUUUAAAAAAAAAAAAAAAAGAAGAAAGAAAGAAAAAAAAAAAGAAAAAAGACAGUAAUAGAACUUGGGCUAUGUUUCCUUUUGGGUAUGUUUGAAAUUGUGGGGGCACAUGGAAGAGCAAAAACUUGCUCGGUUUUAACACUAGCCUUGAAAUAGCCUCAUCUAUCUUCAACCAGACACUCAGUGCUAAGCAGACAGUACUUAGAUAGGAUAAGUGAGUAAUGCCACAGUUGCAGUUUCUGUUACACUCGUUUUGGCCUGACAGGACACUGUGGGGCAUGUACUAGGCUAAUAAUUUAUAUAUUUUUAAAUUUAUAUAUGUAUAUAUAUUUUUUAAAACACAAGUCAGGCACUUUUCAUAUUUUUGAAAAUUCCAAACCCUCAGUUUGUCUAUGUCUGCUCUGGAAAGCCUAAGAGUAAUGAUGUCUAAGAAUGAGCAAGGGAGAAACAGCAGAUUCACCUGGGAGUACAAAACUAGAAUAGAGGUCUGCACCCUGGCUACCUGGGAUUGGAGGUUAUCAUUGGCUUAGUGAUAGGACAGCAACCAGAAUUACUUAGUAAAGUUGGGGUGGCCUUGAUUUGCAAAAAUUGUCAUGUCGAGUACAAGGCCUAAUUUCAAGUGUAUAAAAUAGAAUUACCAGUGCAGCAGACAAAUACAACUAGUUACAUUCAGGGCAUGGCAUUUCUGAAAUCCAAAACAUUUUAGAACCUAAAAAUUGAAUUACAUUCCAGAAUAGGAGAUAGCAAGAGAUACCUAUUUAGUGUUACUUGAUCCUUUCCCAUUUUACUCUUUCUCCCCCCUUGUCAUUGUUUUCUUAAACUACACAAUCUCGACAGUCCCCACCCCCCCCUCCUCGAGCCCCAUUCCAAACUUUGUAUAAGAUUUACAUCCCCAUUAGUGGUCUUUCCUACUUGUGGCCUGAUGCAGUCAUAGGACUGUCUGAAACUCAUGCUCCGGCUGGCAUGAUAUUUUUCCAUUGUUGACCACUAUGCACAUAUAGUCAAGAAGAGGAAAGACUGCAGGAAUCCCAAGGCUGGCAGCAGCUGCUCCAAUUAGCUCACACAGCAGAAGGUCAGGCUAUGGGUUUGUUCUGCUCUCUUUCUACCUGCAGGUAGAAAUGCUCUGGGCAACUUGAGGAGGUUCUAAGUGGCGAAGAAUUUGGCCUGCUGGUGGGUAACUUCAUUCUCUGUCUCUCUACUUCCCUUCCUCAUGCUAGUAGUCUAGGGGGAUCGUCAGCAUAUGGUUCAAGGAAAGUUCUGGUUGAUCCUUAAAUCUAGGGAUAGACAAAUGACUUAGCUACAGAGGAAGGAAAACUUCAGGCCAUCACAAGGCCAAUCUAUCUUGUCUCUUAAUUCAUAUUGACUAUGGUGUUAAAAAUAAAAAGAUUUUUAAUGUUAAACUCUUCACUAGAUGCUGUAACAUGUAAGCAAACUAAAGCUCCUAAUUUUCAAAAUUUGUUAAAACAAAAAACCAAGAAAUAGAUUUGUACAUUUCCCCCACAAUGUAGUGUUUGAGUGCAUUCCUGCCCUGUCUUCUCAGACUGUCACAGCUUAUAAAAAGGAUUUAGUCCAUGUCUCUGUUGUUGAGGAUCAUAUGUGAACUACAAGGAGACCAGAGGGUGUAGGUCACAUCCACUUUCACAUUUUUUGUUGGAAAAUAGCAAUGCAUUGUUCAAGUGGGAAGUCAUGUCUUGCAUAUUAAACAACAAAAGCAAAAAAUACUUUUGAACUUGGUAUUAGUCUUGAAAAAUGAAGCAGUUGGAGAUGAAAACCUAUUGGAACAUUAUCAGUAGAUACUGGUUUUCCCAUAUCUUCUGAGGGUUCUGGUUUUGGUUUUAGUUUUAUAUAUAUAUAUAUAUAUAUUUUUUUUUUUUUCCUAUCUUCCUUCCUAUUCAACUUGAAGUAUUUUCAAGGAAAGUGCUAAGCGUUCUUAUAGAAUAGAGUUAAAUUGCACUACUCCCAUUGACUUUAAUUGGGUGUUGCAUCCCUAGUGGGCAUGCUUCAGAUACACCCCUCUCUAUCCUUCGGAUGCCUUCCGGUACAGGUUCUUCUGCAGGGAAAUAGCAUUAAUAAUACAGUAUCUCCAGGUCUUAAAUUAUGUGUGUUCUGAAUUAUUUGUUAUAAAAUGUUCUUUGAAUUUGAAAUUGUGCUAGUUAUAAAAACCACACCAUCUAGUCAAUAAGAAUAGAAAACCAAAUAAACAUGCCCCAGGUUCUCUGUCCUCCUCCCCCUCCAUCCACAUGCUCAAGUUACUGAUGCUCUUUGCUAUCAGAUUGAGCAUCCUUAGUAAGAGCUGGUAACAUUUUCUGCAGGCUGAGAGAUGUUUUGAAACUUAUUUCUCAAAUUUAAAUAACCAUUCAGGGUAAGACCAAAUCUGCCAGGUAAGGGUUUUAAUCAAUACAUUGUUAAUCACCUGGCUUUAGCCAUUAAGAAUAACAUGUUAGUGCUAUUAAAUGCCUAACUGGCUAUUAUUGCAUUUUACCACCUUCAGGACCAUGAAAGAGCUCUCUGGUUAGGGUCUUAUUGAAUGUGGUUACCAAAAUGGAGGGGUCUUAAGGGACUCAUGUUAACUAGGUGUUUUGAAGGCUUCACUGACAGUGAGUAGCAUCAGUAUCUUGCUUGUGUCUGGCUCUCAUAUAUAAAGUAAACCUUACCAGUUUUCCCAUGAUGCAAAAAUAGAAAAGGUCUUGAUUCUGCCCUAUUACGUAGCUGUACAAAACACUUGGGCUAAAACUUGGCCCAGGGGGUAGGCUUCAGCUUGGGCAUUUGAAGAGUCCAGAAAGACUUUGGGACACAUGCUAGGCAGGGAUUUUUUCCUACCUAAACCUGUUGGAGGGAAGCAACAGGGAUAUUUGCUAAGAUUGAAAUAAUACCUUCAGAGAUUCUUGGUUACUUUAUUUUUAUUAAUCCUAUACAUUUGAUACAAAUAUUGAAGAUCAGUUUAAAAAAAGCUUUCCAAUAAUAUAUUUUAAGUAAUAUAUAUUUUAAUAUCUGUAAAAAGUAAAUUGACAGCAGAAGACUUGUGAAUUUCUGAUACAGGGUAUGUUGGGUUCGGGGCCUCCGCAGAGGCACCACUCUCCAAGGAAGUGACUGAAAGGCACUCGGAUUAUUUCCAUAUAAUGCAAUAAGUAAAGGGGAUAGUUCUGGGGUUUGUUUUUUAUUUCAAAAUAAAUUUGACAUUGUUUACCACAA